AUUAAUUCAGCAGAAAUCAAAUCAAGCACAAUUACACAAACUGCAGCACCCCCACAACUCAGCCCAUCAUCAAGAACACGGAACAUUUCUUUAAUUGCUUUAUUUAUUUGUUUUUUUCCCCUUUUCAGCUUAACCCCAUCGCGCACCUUUGCUUUUCUCUCUCUAUUUGCCUGUUUCAGAUUCAAUAACGAAAAAUUCAAUUUUUUUCUUUUAUUUUCUGCUAUAUUUUUGUAAUCAAAAUUGAAGCAGGCCGCAUGCUUUAAUUUUCCAUUAAUGGCCCAUAGUUUUCGGCUUUUUUUUACACCCAUGUAUUGCAUCUACCUGCUGAAUUUGAACUUUAGGUUUAUGGGUAUUGAUUUUCUUGAUGUUUUCCUGCACGCGGUUUUAUGAUUGAUAUUUUAACUGGUUCUUCCAGAUCGCGGUCAGAUCUUAAGACAUCCUGAUCUGGUUGAAUAGUUGGGGAUUCUCGUAAAAGUAAGGCAUUCGAUGCAGAGUUGAGGUGAUAAUGAAUUAAGCUGACAAUACCAAGUACUGCAAUUAUUCGCCUUCAUGUUUGGUGGUAGAGAAUACAGCAACCAAAACUCAUUCAGCCACCAAUUUUCUUAACCAUUUAGUGCGCGCCUCUGCUUUCGAAAAAUACCAAAAACUCAAACAUCAUCAGCAACAUUUAGAUUCACUUGAAAGAAAGACUUUCACCUCGUAAACUCCCCAGUGAUGAUAAAGAACAUCCUCAACAAGCUCCCUCGUAAGCAAACCAAGCUAUCAGACAACCGUGAAAAUGGCGGGCCCUCUAGUUACCUUCCGCAUGCAAGGGAAAACGGGAACGCGGGCCCAAAACCCGGCCCGUACGACUCUCUCCCCACCUUCCGCGACGUCCCGAAUUCCGAGAAGCAGACCCUAUUCCUCAAAAAGCUAAACGUAUGUUGCGUCGUGUUUGACUUCGCGGACCCCACAGCAAACCUCAAGGAAAAGGACAUCAAACGGCAGACUCUAGUCGAGCUCGUGGACUACGUGGCCUCGGCCAACGCGAAAUUCACGGAGACCGCAAUUCAAGAGAUCGUGUGCAUGGUGUCCGCAAACCUUUUCCGCACGUCCCAUGCCUUGGCGCGCGAGAGCAGAGCCCUCGAGGCCUUCGAUUUAGAGGAAGAGGAGCCGCUGAUGGACCCCGCGUGGGCCCACCUGCAGGUCGUUUACGAGCUUCUCCUCCGGUUCGUGGCCUCCCCAGAAACGGACGCCAAGCUGGCAAAACGUUACGUGGACCACUCGUUUGUCCUCCGGCUGCUCGAUCUCUUCGACUCGGAGGACCCCAGGGAGAGGGACUACCUCAAGACCGUGCUUCACCGAAUAUACGGUAAGUUCAUGGUCCAUCGACCUUACAUCAGGAAAGCCAUCAACAAUAUUUUCUACCGAUUUAUAUUCGAGACGGAAAAGCACAAUGGGAUAGCCGAGCUGUUGGAGAUUCUAGGGAGUAUAAUUAAUGGAUUUGCAUUGCCCCUGAAGGAGGAACACAAGCUUUUUCUCGUGCGGGCGCUUAUUCCGCUUCACAAGCCGAAAAGCAUACCGGCGUACCACCAGCAGCUCUCGUACUGCGUGACGCAGUUUGUGGAGAAGGACUGCAAGCUGGCGGAUACAGUUGUAAGGGGGCUGCUUAAGUAUUGGCCGGUGACUAAUAGUUCGAAGGAGGUGAUGUUUUUGGGGGAGCUGGAGGAGGUGUUGGAGGCGACCCAGCUGCCUGAGUUCCAGCGAUGUAUGGUGCCUUUGUUCAGGAGGAUCAGUCGAUGCCUUUGCAGCUCGCAUUUUCAGGUGGCAGAAAGAGCCCUUUUCUUAUGGAACAAUGACCACAUAGAGAACCUCAUCAAACAAAACCGUAAGGUCAUACUCCCAAUAAUCUUCCCCUCACUAGAGAAAAACGCGCGGGCCCACUGGAAUCAGGCAGUCCAGAGUCUGACCCUUAAUGUUCGCAAGAUAUUCUCUGAUGUGGACCCUGACCUAUUACAAGAGUGCCUACUAAAGUUUCAAGAAGAUGAAGCCCAAGAACAGGAAAUCAAGGCCAAACGAGAGUCCACCUGGAAACACCUUGAGGAAAUAGCCACGGCCAAAGCCGCAAGCAAUGAGCCAGUUUUUGUGCCCCUAAGGAUCAGUGCUAAAUAA